AUGGGUGUUAUGAAAUCAAAACAACAAGAAACUGACACGAAACUGACCAAGAAGAAAACAGAACGCAACAUGGUCAAACGUAUAAAUUUAAAAAGUUUGAGGCAAGAAUACGAGUUGAAACCUUCCAGGAGUUUUAUCGUUCGCUUUGCGGGGAAAGCAGAGAGGAAAAACCCGAGCGGCGAGAACAUCGACGAAUGUCUGAAGAAAUUGUACAAGAAAGUUCAAGAUAAUAUAAAUGGAUUACCACGAGUUUGUUUGGAGAUUAACUCUGCUGAUGUUAAGAUUCGAUGGAUUCAGAGUGAAACCGAACAUCAAGAGGAAAUAGUAGUGCCCUUUACUCGAGUAUCUUUUGUUGUGGCAGAUAAAAAACAUCAACUGUUCGCUUUCAAUGACUUCGUUUCCCAGAAACCGAAAAAAGUUGAGUGUUAUGCUUUCAUUUGCACUGAGUCGGAGAAGUCUGAUGUGGUAGCGAACGCUUUCUCAGAAGCGUUCAAAGAAGUCCAGGAGAGACCAAGGAGGGGCUCAGGUCUCGACGCGAAAGUAGAAACUUAA